AUGUCACAACAAGAUAUAAUCACGCAAGUAACACCUGAUUCAUAUGGAACUAUACCACAAGUAUCCUAUGAUGAUAAUGAAGAUAUUGAUAUUGAUUAUAAUUCCAAAAUACAUUUAAAUAUCCGUGGUAAAGAAUUUAUAAUCACUAGAGAUGAAUUAAUGAGUUUACCUGAAAGCAUAUUAUUAUGUCUUUUCCCCAAUGGGGUAUUCUUGGAUGUAAAUGGUCAAAUAAUAACCAAUUUAACUGAAGAUGAUAUUGUCUAUGUCAAUUUUGAUCCAGUUUGUUUCCAAUAUAUAAUUGAAGUCUUUCAAGAAGCAGCUAAGGAUUUGGAAGAAAUGGAACAACACCACCAACAACAGCAACAACUGUCUCAGGCGUCUCCUACUAAUAGCUUCUUAAAUAUUCAUAAAACUAAUCAUUCAGCAAAUCAACAAGAAAAUGUCUUACAAUCAAAACCAGCUAUAAUUGUAUUACGUGAAGAUUUAGAUUUUUAUGUAAUCCCUCCAUUUUCCGGAAUAAACAGUGAACAAAUGAAACAAUUAAAACUAGGAGUCUCAAUAGAAUUGCUCAAAAAUAAACUAAUAUUCUCAGGCUUAGGAUAUAAGUUUGAUCAAAAUCAAUCACCACAUCAACAACAACAUCCUACGAGCUCCGGAUUAGGACCUGCUGAACAGCAUCUUUUCGACAUGCUAUGUUCGUCAGGAUUUGAUCCUACAGAAAAAUGGGGCUCAAGAUCCCUUGAACCUAACAAAUGCGUCAUAUCAUCUCUUUCAUUAAUAAGAUUGAAAUCACCGCAGCCCCCAUCAGAACCUGAUUCACCUUCACUCACCCCAACAAAUUCAAAUACCGGUACUGCUGGAGGUUCACCCAAUGCCAAACGCUCCCGGUCAAGAAUAGCUCAAUUGGCAACUAGCGCAAGUCGGGCCGCGUCUAGAUCAUUAUCUUCUACUCCAACACUUCGAGCUAAACACCGUCAUGUGGAUACUUCGAACCAAACGAAAUUAUUGUUGUUUUGGAGAAAACCUGCGCGGAAAUGUUGGUGGUCUGAUUCCGAGGUUGAGAUUGAGUUGGAUGCUCCUGGAUUGUUUAAUGGGAAUGAAGAAGUACAGAAUGGUGGGAAUAAAAGAAUCGCUGUUAAAGUUCAUAUUCGCAGAGUAUGGACGUUGGAGUUGUCGGUGAUUGGAGUACUGUAG